CUCUCUUCUUGAUGCUUCCUCUUCUUCUCCGCCUCUCCCGACUCCGACGACCCAUUCCUCCAUUCCUCCUAAACCCCGCAACAUCCCUUCUCCACACUCGUCUCCCUCCUCCUCCUCCUCCUCCUCCUCCUCCCCCCAAACCCUACACCCCCCUCUCCUCCUCCUCCUCCCAUCCCCUCCUCUCCCUCUUGGACAGAACAUGCUCCGCCCUGCACCAUCUCAAGCAAAUCCACUCCCAAAUGAUCCUCUCCGGCCUCAUCACAAACGGGUUCUUCGCCAGCCGCUUGAUCUCCUCCUGCGCCCUCUCGAGUUCGCCGAAUUUGCGCUACGCGAGACGGAUCCUACUCAAUCUCGAAAACCCUAGUGUGUUCUCGUGGAAUGCUCUGAUCCGGGGCUACUCCGAUAGCGGCGACCCGAAGGAGUCGGCGUCGCUGUAUCGGUUGAUGCUUCGAUCGAGUGCUCGGCCGGAUAAGCACACGUUUCCGUUCUUGCUCAAGGCCUGCGCCCGAUCGGGCGACGGCCGGUGUGGGAUCGGGCUGUUCGGGCAUACGGUGCGGUUGGGGUUGUGCGGAGAUAUUUAUGUUGUUAAUGCGUUGAUUCAUGUGUUUGCGAUGUGCGGUGGAUUGGAGGGUGCACGUAAGCUGUUCGAUGAAAGUUGUGUGAGAGAUUUGGUCUCGUGGAAUACGAUGCUCAAUGCUUAUGUUCACACUGGGCGUCCAAAGGAUGCGUUGGAGCUCUUUCGAGAGAUGGAGGAUGGAAAGGUUAAGUCGGACGCGGUCACGAUGAUUGGAGUGGUUUCGUGCUGCACCCAGUUACGGGAUUUAGUACUUGGAAGAAAAUUCCAUCAUUUAAUUGAAGAUAAUGAGAUAGAGUUUACAGUUCCUCUGACUAAUGCUCUUAUGGAUAUGUACGUUAAAUGUGGCUCUUUAGAGCCGGCAGAGUUGUUGUUUAAAGGUUUGACUAAGAGGACGGUGGUGUCAUGGACUACAAUGAUUGUGGGAUAUGCAAAAUUCGCCCUUUUGGAUGAUGCACGAAAGGUUUUCGAUGAAAUGCCGGAGAGAGAUAUUGUCCCGUGGAAUGCCUUGCUUGCUGGUUAUGUCCAAUGGAAGCGAGAUAAGGAGGCCAUAGCCCUUUUCCAUGAGAUGCAAGCAUCCAAUGUGAAGCCCAAUGAGGUCACCAUGGUUAGCCUUUUGUCGGCGUGCUCCCAACUUGGAGCUCUAGAUAUGGGGAUAUGGGUUCAUCGCUACAUCAAGAGAUGUGGCUUUUCCUUGAACGUCACGCUUGGGACUGCUUUAGUGGACAUGUACGCAAAGUGUGGGAACAUCGAGAAGUCACUUCACGUGUUUAGAGAGAUUCCUGAGAGGAAUGCUCUCACUUGGACAGCUAUAAUAUGUGGCUUGUCCAGCCAUGGACGUGCCGAGGAUGCGAUAAAGCAUUUCUUGAAGAUGAUAGAAAUUAGAUUGCAGCCUGAUGAGGUUACCUUUAUAGGGGUAUUAUCAGCAUGUUGCCAUGCUGGUUUGGUUAUAGAGGGUCGAGAGUUCUUCGACCAAAUGAGCACAAAAUACAGACUUGACCGAAGGCUAAAACACUAUUCGUGCAUGGUCGACCUUUUAGGUCGAGCAGGACACUUAGACGAGGCAGAAGAGCUAGUGAGAACAAUGCCUAUGAAGCCUGAUGCAGUUGUUUGGGGUGCUUUGUUCUUUGCUUGUAGAAUGCAUGGUAAUGUUUCUAUGGGAGAAUGGGCUGCUCAAAAGCUAUUGGAGUUGGACCCAAAUGAUAGCGGAAUCUAUGUGUUGUUGGCUAACCUUUAUGUGGAAGCGGACAUGAGGAAGGAGGCUGAUAAGGUGAGGGUUUUGAUGCGGAACAUGGGAGUAGAGAAAACUCCAGGGAGUAGUUCAAUCGAGGUUAACGGUAUGGUCCAUGAAUUCAUUGUAAGGGACAAGUCGCAUCUGCAAAGCAACCUCAUCUAUGAUUGUUUGAAGCAACUGAGAAGGCAAAUGGUGCAAGCUGAAAGUAUUGUUAACGCCUGUUAGAUUGAUGAUACAAGAUGCAUUUUUCACCUUAGAAAAGAUAGCAAUCAAAGUCCAAUGUUGCAGGAAUCAGCAUCUGAUAGGGCACAUAUUGUGUGCCAAGACACUUUGGGACUUGCUACUCAAAUGGAAAUGCAACAUGUUAGUGAUUAGGAGAAAGUUCUUUGUUCAGCAGUCAAGUUGAAGGUACGUAUUUGUAAACAAUUAUUCAUAAUUUGCCUUUGACAGUAAUGAGAACAAAAUUCGCAAAUGAGAUUAUUUACAGCAAAGUGUGAGCAAUUUUCUCGAGGAGCUCCUAAUGACAUGUUGGAAUCAUGUGGCACAUUUUUUGCUGAAUUUGAUAACCAUGCUGGCGCUCUCCUUCAAAGUCUAUACUGAUGGCACUGUCCUACACAUAGGAAGGCAGCUCAAGUUAGGCCUCAUCCAAGGUCAGUAUCCUUCGCCUGCAAAUUACUGUGCCGUUGACUCUUCGAUGUAAUAGCAGUAAUUCACUUGGAAAUCUCGGUGCCUUGAAUUUCAUGCAUGAAUCAAUCAGUGCCGUUGUAUCAUGUGUUUCAAACUAUCUAUAUAUCAACAACCUAUAAAGGCAGCAAUUUGGAAAACUCUGUACAUAGAAGAACUCAAGGGAAAAUGCCGAACGAUUUGUUCAGACUGGGUUUGAUAUCUCCCGGUAACCUUAUUACUAGUUCGAUUUGCUCGCGUGGGUUCAGGUUGAAGUUAAUUUGUAGCCUAAUUAGAGGUGAGGCAAUUUCUUGUAUUUUUGGGAUCUUUAUAUUGCCGGUUUUUCUAGAAACAGAUGGUCAGUCGAGGAUUUUAGGAGGCAAUUCAAUUUAGAAAAGAGUCAAAUUUGUAUGAUCUUUUUCUCGUGUAUAAAUCAGUAGCUUUUAAUGCUUGAACCAGUUGUAAUAUUACCUGUGGCUUUUGUAUGAUUGCCAUUUUCUUUAUCA